GCGUGGCGCUCCCUUUUUCAGGAGGCAUCAAGCUAUGACAAAGAACGGCCUUGGCUUCAAGACAGUUGGUGAUCGGGUUCAAACGCGUUUGUAUUGCCGUACCAAUCAAAUUGGCUCAUUGAGCACCACCAUCCCACAAGCCACGCCUCGACAUGAAGAUCAUCAUCGUUGGCGCUGGUGUGGCCGGUCUUUCCACCUAUUUGCAGCUGUGCAAGGUGCUUCCCUCCUUCGAUUCGCACACGGUCCUCAUCUUCGAGUCACACAAGCCCCGGGGAGACAACUCCUCCCGCUCCUCGAACCCAUCGUUGGCGGAGCAACAAGGCCUCACGGACAGGGCCGCAAUCGUCGGGAAUAGCAUCGCUCUGGUGCCCAGUAGCAUGCGACUGCUGAAAUACAUCGAUACCAGGGUAUAUGACAUCUUCAAGGCACGAGGCUGCGUAAAUGAAUCUUAUACUUUCAGGACUGCACGGGGCCACCUCAUUGCCGUGACCUCGACUGGUGAUAAGGAGUCUCCGGAGGAGUACACCGUAUCGUGUCCGAGAUAUGGUCUCUGGGAGUGUCUACACGAGGUCGUUGGGGAGGACAAGAUCCAGUACCGAACGGUUUCUGAGGUUGAUCUGAGCGGGGAAAAGCCAGUUGUCAGGUUGGCAGAUGGCGGAGAGGAGAGUGCGGACUUGGUGAUUGGUGCCGACGGCGUGCGGAGUGUCGUGAAGAAGGCAAUUUUUGGGGAGGAAAAUGACCGCCAGUAUGCCCCGUGUUAUGAGGGGUUUUGUGGCGUCGGCGCCUUCAUCGAGGGAGACAUUCCAGAGGCGAUCAUUAAGCACAGGAGUAUGGUCUUCACGUUCGGACCUACAGGUUCUUUUGGCUAUUGUUCUGCAGCUCCGCAGUCGCAGCGGAAGCUUGGAUGGUGGUCCAAUUGGGGCACCCCUGAGGCUCCAGACGGCAAUGUUAUGGAUCCAGAGGAGAUUCGAAAACAACUCCGGGAACGCCAUGGAACGUGGAAAGAUCCGGUUAUCCAGAACAUUAUCGAGGAAAUGGACACGGACCGCAUAUAUCCCAUCUGGACGACACCGGAUCUACCACACUGGGGGGAAGGAGGGGCUGUGCUCCUUGGCGAUGCGGCACAUACACUGCCGGCUACCAGCGGACAGGGGGCUGGUCAAGCCUUGGAAGACAGCGUGGUCUUCUCCCUGCUAUUGGCCCAUUACAUGGCCAAGGCCGAAGCUACUGGCGGUGGCUUGACUGUCGAGGAGGUUGUUACGCUUUCUAUCAAGGGGCUGUAUGAGAUUCGCUAUCCCCGAGUCGCCACUAUCAAAGCUCGAUCGCGAAAUCUCUAUCUCACCAACAAGAAGAUCGACAACGUUGUUUUUGAGUAUAUGUAUUAUCUGUUCAUAUAUAUGUGGACAAAUUUUCCCAUUCUUGGACAACUCAUCGUCGGUACCGUGUUCAUGGACGCCGACGAACGGGGUGCAGGCGAACAAGUAGAAGAAUAUUUGAAGAAGAAAGGUCAAUAAACGAACAUGCACCUAACCCACAGCUUCGAAUAUCUGGCAACGCUCCAUGUAGUUCUGAUCGGCCCUUCAGUUUAGAUGGGAGGCUGUUGAUAGCAUAUACUCAAUAAG